UUCUCUUCGUUUGAAGUGUGUUGUGUGUUUCACGUUAUUCGUUUCAUUUUGUGUAUUAUUUCGUCAUUUUUAAACUCAUUUUAUUAUUUUUCGUUUAUUCGUAUCAAUCUUCGCGUAUUCAUGUUUGUGAUUGUUAUUAAUUUACGAAUGUUUUUUUUUAAAUAAUUUAUACUAAAUGGUGAAGACUAGUGAUCGUUUUUGUUCGGUUUCAUCUCCAUUAUCGUUGAGAAUUAUGCGCGGGAUUUAAUUAUUAAAACACUGGAAUCAAUUCAGCAACGUGAUCAGUUCGAAGGCAAAUGAAUUGAAAUCAAAAAUCACGAUGAAUUGGAUAUCAUUUUACAUAUAUUGGAUUAUCCUUUGCCUUCCACCGGUAAUUAAAGGGCAAUUCAGAUCGCCGAGAAUUAUCGAACACCCUACCGACAUGAUAGUACCGCGCAAAGAGCCUGUGACUUUGAAUUGCAAAGCCGAAGGCAAACCGGAACCAGUUAUACAAUGGUUUAAGGAUGGCGAACCUGUGAUCACGUCGCCGGAAGAUCAGAAAUCCAAGAAAGUCUUAUUGUCGACUGGGUCUCUGUUUUUUCUAGAGGUGAUGCAUAAUAAAAAGGAGCAAGAUGACGGCGUGUAUUGGUGCGUGGCGAAAAAUCAAGCCGGAUCGGUUACUAGUCGAAAUGCUACGUUGCAAGUUGCAGUUCUCAAAGAGGAUUUCCGUCUGCAGCCAAACGACACAAGAGUAGCGGCCGGAGAGACCGCGAUGUUAGAAUGCGGACCACCGAAAGGCCAACCGGAGCCGACCGUGUACUGGACACGAAACGGGCAAAAGCUCGAUACGGAAGUAUCUAAAAAGCAUCGUAUCGUUGAUGGAGGCAAUUUACUGAUAACCGAUGUGAAAAAAGAAGAUGAAGGAGAGUACCAAUGCGUUGUGCAGAAUAUGAUUGGGAGUAGGCAUAGCGCUGUGGCUCAGCUCACUGUUCAUGUCAAACCAUAUUUCACAUUGGAACCCAGAGACGCAGUCGUGUUAUCCGGUCGUGACGCUGAAUUCGACUGCCAAGUAGCCGGUGAUCCUCCACCUAAAAUAUUAUGGAGGCGAGAAGAUGGUAAAAUGCCUACAGCCAGAGCUCAAAUACUCGAUUCGAAAUCGCUGAAAAUCAACAACGUUGUGCCCUCUGACGAAGGUCUAUACAUCUGUGAUGCUGAAAACGUUAUAGGAUCCAUUUCAGCCAAUGCUUCUUUGACUGUUCAUGCACCUCCCAGUUUCAUAACGAAACCGUCGGAUCAAAAAGUCGGCUUGAACGGCGUAGCAACUUUCGAAUGUGUAGCCGAUGGCAAUCCACCACCUUCGGUAUUCUGGACAAAAGAAGGUUCGCAGGUCUUAUUGUUCCCCGGAAUGGCCCACGGACAUUUCCACGUUACCCAAAACGGUGCCCUACGUAUACAAGGAGUACAAAAAGAAGACGCCGGGUAUUUGGUAUGUUCGGCGUUAUCGGUAGCCGGUUCGACAACAGUUCGGGCUUUUUUACAGGUUAGUUCGGUGGAUGACGUGCCUCCUCCGAUUAUACAAAUUGGACCUACGAAUCAAACGUUGGCGGCUCAUUCGAAAGCCGAAUUACCAUGUCAAGCAGUAGGUUCCCCGCAGCCUACGGUUAAAUGGUAUAAAGAUUCGGCGCUGAUUACGAAGCAGAAAAAUGAACGGAUUACGCAAACCGCGGAUGCUCUACAAAUCAAAGAUCUUCAAGUUAGUGAUUCCGGUCUGUACACGUGUACGGCAUCGUCCGAAAGUGGAGAAACAUCGUGGUCAGCUACGUUAACGGUGGAUAAAUCUCCCACCGCGAAUAUACAUCGUACGCCGGAUCCGUCCAAAUUUCCAGGACCGCCCGGCACGCCUCGUAUUUUAAAUGUUACCAAUUCUUCGGUGUCGUUGAGCUGGACGUCGCCGAUACCUCAAAAUGGCGUGUCGCCGUUGAUCGGAUACACAGUGGAGUAUUUCAGCGCUGAUUUGCAAACUGGAUGGGUCGUGGCUGCCAAUCGUAUAACCAAUGAUACUAUUACGAUUACCGACCUGAAGCCAGAUACGACCUAUGUAUUCGUAGUCAGAGCGGAAAAUUCUCACGGUAUUAGUAUACCAAGCGGUGCUUCCAGCGUCGUUCGUACCUUAGGAGCGAAUACAGCUGCUCCUCAGCAUCUCCUCAACAAUGCCAGAUCGAAAUUGAGCAGCAAAGUGUUAAUUUUACGAGACCUGUUUUCUAUUUCUUCGACUUCGAUUAGAGUAGUAUGGGAUGUGAUAAAUAAUGCAGAUUGGGUGGAAGGCGUGUACGUGAGAUUUCGAGACUUAUCUGCCGGAUCACAAACAUAUAACUUGGCCACUGUUAUGAAUGCCGAUACUACAUCUUAUAUCGUUACCAAUCUAAGAAAGUACACCAAAUACGAUUUUUUCAUCGUCCCGUUCUACAAAUCGGUCGAAGGACAGCCUAGUAAUUCCAUGAUUGCGCAGACUUUGGAAGAUGUUCCUUCGGCUCCUCCGGAUUCCGUCCAGAUUGGUAUAAUAAAUGCUACGACAGCGUUCGUUAAAUGGUCUCCGCCAUCACCUCAGCAUCUUAAUGGAAUUUUACAAGGAUACAAGAUCCAAGUGAAGCCAACCAACAGCUCUCGAACUCUAGCCCAAACCAACGUAAACUCCACCACGACGAUGAUCCUUCUGAACAACCUGACCUCCGGGACCAGCUACACAGCUCGUGUAGCUGCUCAUACUAAAGCAGGCUACGGACCUUUUAGCGGAGCUGUGCCCUUCUUCAUGGAUCCAAAUCUCACUACCAGCAGCGCUUUCACAUCUAGCACUCUAGAAUCGUGGUUCAUCAUUUUACUAGCCGUUUUCGUGAUCUCAUUAGCCAUCGGUAUAGCUCUGCUGCUGUACUUGAGGAAAAAACAAAACAAGGAAAAAGAUCUGGGACAUUUCGAUGUGCCGGUGGUUAGUACAGAUUUAUCACAUUUACGUAUGGCCGGCAUGCGAGGAGUAAACUGCGGCAAAGAUACGCUAUGGAUUGAUGGCGGUUGGCACACCGUCCAAGAGAAGGAAGGUAACGAUGUAAAUUCAUCGAAUACAAAAGAAGGCAGCGUUAUUGAUUACGCCGAAGUAGAUAGCUGCAAUUUAUCUACAUUUUAUAAUCCCUGUAAAGGAUUACCAUCGCCUGGUAAUCCUACCCCUUACGCUACUACCAUUUUGUUAUCGUCGAAAGAAUGCAACGAAUCAAGUCAAACUUGUGGCUCGAGAAGUUCGACGGAGAGAAAAACUUUGAGCUCGAGCGACUCUAUUAAAAACAGCGCAGAUCAACAUUCCCCGGUGUAUAGAGGCGAUACGAUGGAAAGAGAAAAUAAACGAAAAGGCAGUGGAAGUUCUGGAUCAGUGGUACAUUGGUCGGAUUUCCAACCUUCGUCGUCAGAAUCUACAAAUCGUCUCUUAAAUUCUCAACAGAAACCUUUUCAAUCUAGUCAUAAAUAUUAUAAGCAAUAUUGCGCAGAUUCGCCGCAGCGUAGAGUUGAUAAUUGUAAUCGAAUGAAUGGCGCUGGCAGAACUGAACAUAAAUAUCAUCCGCCCCCGGAGGAGCAUCCACCACCGGUACCAUUUCUACGUCCUAGUUUUAAAGACAGUAUACCAAGCCACAGUCAUUCAUCAGGAUCUACGAAUAGCGGUAGUUAUUGUUCGCGGAAGAGUCGUCAUAAGUACGCGCCUUGUAAUAAAAUCCCAUCAGAAUCUGAAUUUGAAAACGCUUCGUUACUAGAAAUACAAGCAGAUGUUGGAAGGACAGCUGCUCAUCAAGUGAGAUUCAUCUCAAACGUUGCUAAUAAUAAAGAUUGCAGUGUUCAGUCGUCGUUACCUAGUUUGAUAAAUUAUAAUAAUCAUCAUAAUUGGCCAAAUAAUAAAUACUACGAAGACGACGACGGCGGUAGUUGUAACAGUAGUUGUUCCUGUAGCGAAUCGUCUUGUCUUUACGCCGAAGGAAACCAAUGUCCUGUUGCUCAUAAGGUAUAAAAUUCUCGAGGAAAAUUCAAUAUAAUUAUACCUUAUACCUACUUAAUUUACAAUUAAGUAACAAAAAUGAGAAAGCAAACCCUAUGUGAUUAAUAGAGAUAUAUAAGGAUGAAAAAAAAACUACUCGUUAUACUAGUCAAUAUAAUAUCUUGCAUUUUUUUUUUUUAAAUAAUAAAAAUAUGUUUUAUUUACAUAUCUUUAAUACGAACGCGUUGUUGAUAUUUUUUCGUUUAUUAUUUUAGGAGUUUUAUUAUUUUUAUUUUUUUUAACGUGUAUUUUACGUACUCGGAUUAUUUGUGUAUGUAUUACAAUGACGAGAAUUGUUGUUUUCGAAACGAUGUGCCAGGUACUGCCAUUUUUUUAACGUUAUAUUUUUAUGCUUACGUGCUUCAGAGGAGCGUUUUUUUUUUUUUUUUUUUUUUUUUUAAAUUGUAAUAUAAUUAUCUUUCAUAAAAAUAUUACCGUUUUGUACGCUUAAAUUUUAAAACCAGCAGGGAAAUUACCGGUUGAAAUGUUCAAAAUGGUUGUUCGCGCAAAUGAAAAUCUUCCUUUUUGAAUUUUCAUGUUCCUAAUUAAUUACGAAAUUAUUUACUUAUCUGAUACGAAGAGUCAUAUGAAAUGAUUCAAUUCGAUGCUUUGUAAUAUUUCUUGUAUUCUUUCCUCCCUCGUGUUGUGUUGUUUUGUAUAUAAAAUUCGGAUUCGUUGAUCUCGAAUGCAUAGCAUUUAUAUGUAUAAUGCUGACGCUUGCACGAUUAAAAAAACAACAUUGUAUAGGUGCAAGCUGAUGUUGUAGUUUUGUACGUCGAUUUAUAAUAAUGUGCCUUAAUAUAUAAGAAAACACUCGUGUAAAUUUUCAUUGUUAUUAAGUCGAUUAUUUACCAUUACGUUUAUCUUCUCUUUUUUUUUCUUUUAAUUUUUUUUUUAUGUAACGAUAAAUGAACGAUUUACAUUUUUUGUUUUUAUUCUCGCUGCUUCUUUAUGGUUUAAUAUUAUUAUUGUUGUAUUUUGUAGAAUUUCGAUAUAAAACGUUGAAAGAUUAAAAUUUUAUUUUUUCGAAUAAAUACCUUUGUUUUUUGUGA